CAUUUCCUGUUCCCUGAAUUGUUAUAAUAUUUCCUAUCAGAAUGGAUGUGGCCGUCUGUUUUCUUCUUGGUUUACUUUUUUCUGUACAUGGGUUAAAAGUCAACUUUACCACUUAUAAUCAAAGCUCCUUGUAUAGCAUUAGCGAUGGCCCAAAAAAAGCUGUGGACGGGAAUGUAUUAACCUCAUCAAUAACUACUAUUGGAUUAAAUGAGUUUUGGUUGGGAGAGUUUGACAGACCCCACAAAAUAAGCUCAAUGUUUGUCGUCGUUGGUAAAGGCAGACAACGUAUCUUUGUCAGCUAUGGGAUCACCAAUAGCCCCAUGCAUAUGUGUGUAGAAAUCGUAACACCAUCAGGUUAUGAUUUCAUCAAUAUGAAUGUAACGUGUAAGCAAACACUGGAGGGUGAUACGGUGACUGUGAGGAAAGUUGGUAACGGAUCCUUGGUUCUUAAUGAAAUUAUCCCAAUCGAAUGUCCAGAGAACACUCACAGCUUUUCCUGUAUCAGUUGUCCUCCCAACUGCGUAAACGGAUGCUCUGCUGUUGAUGGGACUUGCAAAAAUGAUUGCAAAAGGGGUAAAUUUGGACGAAUGUGUCAUAGAGAUUGUCAUCACGUCUGCUCAGAUGGUACUUGUGAUAGACAUGAGGGAAGGUGCUCACAAGAAAAUGUGAUAAUAGCUGUUGUUUUCUCUCUCUGUUUGGUGUUCAUUGUUGUAAGCGUCAUAGGUUUUCUAAUCAAGCGGCGAAAGAAGUUAUUUAAAUUAUUCAAAACCCCAUUGCAACCUCUCCAUUUGGAAACUGGGAACGAUGUUAUAAUGACGUAUUCAACAAGCAAUCGUUAUCAAGAGGGUACCGCGGACCCCCAGAUGCCCACCUCUCCCCUCAGCAACUGUCCAGUGGAGUAUAUCCAUAUGAUUGAUGGACAAUUCACUGUCAAAAUGUCACCCGUUGAAUUCCUCAGAUACAUUGACCAAAAACAAAAUGAAGAGCUCCUGUUAAAGAGUCUAGUGAGUCUUCCGGGGUGGCUUAUGGGCAGGUGUUUUGAGGCAGAAAGGGCAGAAAAUAGAGCUAAAAAUAGAUCGUCGACUCUUCUGCCAUAUGAUCGGAAUCGCUUCGUUCUGGAGCCCUUAGAAAAUGGAGAUGACCGCGGGGAUUAUAUAAAUGCAAGCUAUAUAUCGGGACACCAAAAUGAAAGAGCCUACAUUCUCACGUUAGGCCCGUUCUCCAACGACACUCAGCUAGAUUUCUGGAGAAUGGUGUGGCAGUCCAACUGUAAGUGUGUGGUCAUGCUAACAGCCCUGAGAGAGGGGGAUAAGAAAAAAUGUAUGCAAUACUGGCCCGAGGAGUCAGGGGAAUGUGGCCCUUUCUUUAUCAUAAUAAGGCACACUGAACAGUGUAAUAACUACGUUGUCAGACAGAUGAUAAUACGGAAGAAGGAAGAAACACGAAGAUUGGUCCAUUUCCAGAUGACUUCAUGGGGAGAUGCCAAACGACACAUGAAAAUCGACACCUUACUUCAACUCCGGACCAGUGUUAACUCGAUCACAUUUGAAGACGCUGCACCUAUCAUCAUUCACUCUGGACCCGGUAUCAGUCGGAUUGGUACUUACAUUUCACUGGACAUUUUACUGAGGCAGGGGUCCGGGGACAAUAUCAUUGAUAUUAUCGACACAGUCGUCAAGAUGAGAUCUCAACGGGCGUACAUCCUUAACGCCAGGAAGGAACACCAAUUUCUCCUGCGUGCGCUUAAGGUUGGAUUCUCACCAAAUCAGGAUGGAGCUGCCGAGGAAACGAAGGACGACGAAAGCGAGGAAGAUUUGUACGUCAACGCCCAGGGGAAGGGGGAUAUUUACUAUGAAGAUGGGGAGGAGGUUGUGCUAUGGAUGAAUACUGUUGGGCCCUACCACAACAGACAGGAGACGUACUCCUAUUUCUCCCUACCCUUCUGUGCUGGCCCUAAGGAGAGCAUCGGACACUACCACGAGACCCUGGGAGAGGCUCUUCAGGGGACAGAGCUGGAAUUCAGUGGCUUAGACAUUGACUUUAAAGGUGAGGUGAAGAAGACGGAAUACUGCUCUGUAGAAUUAACACAAGACAAAUUUGAGGCCUUUGUUUAUGCAGUGAAGAACCACUACUGGUACCAGAUGUACAUUGAUGAUCUUCCUAUUUGGGGUAUCGUUGGAGAAAUAAGUGAUAGUGGGGAAGACUUUUAUGUAUGGACACAUAAAAAGUUUGACAUCGGAUACAACGGUAAACAGAUUGUGGAUGUUAACCUAACUAGUGAAGCCAAGAAAAAGCUGUCUCCAGGGGCUAAAAUCUCAUUCAGUUAUGAGGUACAUUUCACACCGUCGAAGAUCAAGUAUGAAAAGAGAUUUGACAAGUACCUUGAUCCCAAUUUCUUCCAGCAUAGAAUUCACUGGUUCAGCAUCUUCAAUUCCUUUAUGAUGGUUAUUUUCCUGGUGGGACUGGUCAGCAUGAUUCUCAUGAGGACCCUGAGGAAGGACUACGCCCGUUACAGCAAGGAGGAGGACCUAGAUGAUAUGGAAAAAGACUUGGGUGAUGAGUAUGGCUGGAAGCAAGUUCACGGAGACGUAUUCCGCCCGGCCUCCAACGCUCUGCUGUUCUCUUCACUGAUUGGCACAGGAUAUCACAUUGCUGUCGUCACCAUGUGUGUCAUCAUCUUCUCCAUACUGGGAGACCUGUACACAGAGCGAGGUUCUCUCCUGAGUACAGCUAUUUUUGUUUAUGCUGCUACCUCACCGGUCAAUGGUUACUUUGGAGGAAGUCUGUAUGCAAGAAUGGGAGGAAAGGUGUGGAUAAAGCAGAUGAUGGUUGGUGCUUUCAUGCUUCCUCUGGCUGUGUGUGGAACGGCAUUCUUCAUUAACUUCAUCGCUAUCUACUAUCAUGCUUCUAGAGCCAUUCCAUUUGGAACAAUGGUAGCAGUGACGUGUAUAUGUAUAUUCGUCAUCCUGCCAUUGACUUUGGUGGGGACUGUUUUGGGGAGAAAUUUGGCAGGUCAACCAAAUUAUCCCUGUCGUGUGAAUGCAGUACCAAGGCCAAUUCCUGAAAAGAAAUGGUUCAUGGAGCCAUCUGUGAUAAUCGUUCUUGGUGGAAUCCUUCCAUUUGGAUCUAUAUUUAUUGAAAUGUACUUUAUCUUCACAUCGUUCUGGGCCUACAAGAUUUACUAUGUGUACGGCUUCAUGCUGCUAGUGUUUGUAAUCUUAACAAUAGUGACUGUCUGUGUGACCAUCGUGUGUACAUAUUUCCUACUGAAUGCGGAAGACUAUCGGUGGCAAUGGACAAGCUUUUCUGCUGCUGCUUCAACAGCAGGAUAUGUGUAUCUCUAUUCAUUUUAUUACUUCUUUUUUAAAACAAAAAUGUAUGGGUUUUUCCAAACUACAUUUUACUUUGGUUACAUGGCGUUAUUCAGCUUAGCACUAGGGAUCAUGUGUGGAACAUUUGGGUAUAUAGGCACGAGUUACUUUGUACGAAAGAUAUAUUCCACGGUAAAGAUAGACUAGAGACAAAUUUAUAAAUGUGGGUAAAUUGUACAGUGAAGUUGAUGGAGCAGAAUUCCGAGUGUAAUGCCGAGUGUUGUGUGUGUGAAGUAAUUGAUGCCAUGACGGUCAAUUUCAAAGUGGUGUGACUGAAUCUCUCAAGUCCAUCGAGUCAUCAACUCACUGGGUGAAUUUUUGUGGAUCUGCAUUUAAAUAAUUGGAUCGAACCCUAGUUAAGAUAUCAUCCAUAAAACUUAGUUCAUGUUCUUGCUUAGAAUACUUUCUGGAUCGAUUAAGCUUCAAACUUAUUCAAAUCUGCAUCAUUGGCAUCUGGUUACUGUUAAACUUUAAACUUGUUCAUAUCAUGAUCUUGUCUAGUAACCAUUGGUAUUGAUGACACUUAGUACAUGUAUUGUGUAAGAAUGAUUUCUUCAUUUUCCAUUAACAUUCCUUAAGUGAUGAAAUAUACAUUAUAAGUUGAAUGUAUUUUGUAAACAGGCCAGAUUAAUAGAGAAUGUAUGUGAUUGUUAUGAUAUUGAGAUGCACAGCGGAUGCUGGUAUGACAAUUCUCUUGUGAUUUUGACAGAAUGUUUGGAAGAGUAUUGCGGCAAAUAUGUGAUAUGCAUGUACAUGUAAGAAAAUUGCUUUAUACUAUGUUCUGAUUUAAUGACCAAUGCAAGCAGUGAGUGAAUGUAUGUUUAUUUUGAGUGAGUUAUUAAUUCAAUCAUUAAAUUAUUUAUUGUUUACUUGUUUUAUGUUAGAUAUAAAGGGUUUAAAUGUUCGCUUUUGAGGAAACCUGCUUGUACAGUUCAUAUUAUAUAGUAAAACAUAUUUUUAUUUCCAUAUGUGUAAAACUUGUAAAUAGUUUAUAAGGGGAUGUAAUAUAUUUGUAUAUAUUACUAUGAACAGAAAAAAAGUUUCAUGAAAUGAAACCGAUUUACCAUUAAAUUAAAAAUUAUAAAAUAUA